UUGAUACUAAAAAUAUCAAUUAUAGAUACCAAAAUAUUUGCCAUCGUGUUAUUUUAUUCUCUUAUAUUAUUGCAUUAUAACAAUAUUAAUACCUGACAAUCUCAUUACCGGCUGUGACAAUUAGCAUUCAAACUGCGCAAAGGGUUAAACAACAUACCGGCACAAAUGGUUGCACAAUAAAGCGGAAUCAUCGCGGAAGGCACGCGCGAUCCGGACUUUACGCGUGUUCUCGCAUGAGGCAUGCGUGCAAGCUCUUCGAUAUAUAAAUACUCGUGUGUCAGUGGGAAAAUCUCAGUCGACCGAUACUUGGUGUCUGUAUACUUGCUCUUCUUUCCCGUUCACUGAGCUACCUUUAUAUUCAAAAACCAGAAGUUCGCCACGUGGUUUCCUUGCUUCUAAAAAAAAGAAGUUUCGGAAAUAGAAAAAAAAGAGAAAAAGGCACUUUACCUUAAAGGGAAUCCGUCAAGUUUAUCGUGCCAUGGCACAUAUCCUUUUUCUUUAAAAAAAAAGACGACACGAAGAAAAAUUCAUAAAGCGAAGAAAAUCUAAGAAGAUAGUGAUUAAUAAAGCGAAAAAAAAUUUCAAGAAGAAAGAGGAUUUUUCAUCUUUUCGACAGCGUGGCGAUUUUAUCCUUAAAAAGAUCCACGUCGAAAAGAAAGCACAGCAGGAAGAAUUUUUUACCCUUUCUGUGUUAUUAAUAUCUUCAGUUUCACUGAGCUAGUGAUCCUGUGUAAUUUAAUUCUUGAUCGAAAGAUUCAAUGGAAUCGAGACUUGGCAAGUUCAGUGAUCAGUAACGAGUACAUUUGUUGCGGCCAGAAAUCACUGAUCGAUCCAGUGAUCGAGUGCGGUUGAGCUUCCGAGUCGGAAAUCCAUUUGAGCUUGGGCUUCGAGUCCGCGUGAUUUCGCUUUUGGGGAAGACCGGCUAGAACCGUGCGCGACGAUGAAAGGCAGACCGAGGGAGUCGCUUUUAAGGCUCUUAAUUCUAAUCCUAACGGCAGUGGAUCAGACAAUGGUUACGGCUCAUCACGACGGUCAUCAUCAUCGGGCCUCAGGGAGGAUUCAUCUGCCGCGCGCGAUGGAGGCCACUAAGAAGUUCCUCUGCAGAGAACCCCAAUCGAGGGCCUACAAUCUGAGAGACCUGGUGCACAACAUGCAGCCGAGUGAGAGCGUGAAUCGGCCGGUGUACAUCGUGGUGAAGAAAUGCGACAGUCACACGGGCUGUUGCGUCAGUCCCGAUCUCAGUUGCGCGCCGGUGCGGUCGUCGAUCUAUCACGAGGAUAUGGAGGUCGAGGUCUGGAGUCUGCUGACAAACAGCACGAAGAAAGUGUGGAUUAGAAUCGAGCAGCACGGCAGAUGCAGCUGCGAGAUCAGUAGCGCUGGUGAGAGACUUAUAGAGGACACUCAGCCACCUAAUAUACAGAUCCUUUGAUCCUCGAGGUUCUC